UUCUCAUUAUGGAAUACUAUGAUGGGCACGUCCCUUUUAGCUUUAGCUUGGGGUAUAAGUCAGGCUGGUUUUGGGCUUGGUAUUGCUUUAACCGUUUUUAUGGCCAUCCUAUCAUACUAUACGUGUUCUCUUAUACUCCAGGACGCAAUAUACUUAGGUACACAAAGUAUAGAAUUUAUCGAUAUUUGCCAUCAGCUAUUAGGCCGAUGGGGCCAAUUUACCGCUGCUUUCUUUUCUAUUAUUGUCCUUAUUGGUGCAUCUGUCGUAUAUUGGAUAUUCAUGAGUAAUUUCCUCUUUAAUUUUGUCCACUAUAUUUACAGUAAUUGCUACACUGACGAUUAUGACCUAUUUGUAGUUACGGUUGGUACGUUUUGUCCUGCAUCUUUUGGCAUGGACGAUAUGAACUAUAGCAAUUUCUCUGCCGAGAACACUUUAUAUUAUCAACUAUGGGAUAGAACGAGAACAGUUCCGCUCUUUUUAGGGCUAAUCCUAUUUCCUCUAUGCUGUAUGAAGUCACCAACAUUUUUUACCAAAUUUACUUCUUUAGGCACCGUUUCAUGCCUCUACUUAAUAUUCUUUGUUUGUAUUAAAGCCUACUUCCUCGGCUUUAAUACGAAUUUCCAAGAUGAAAGUUCAAUCCAUUAUGCUCCACAAAUCAACAUUGAUUUUCCUUCGCUAACGGGAAUGUUAAACCUAGCCUUUUUCUUGCACAAUAUCCUUUUAACAAUUCUAAGAAAUCAAGAAAAACCGGAAAAUAAUAUGCGCGAUCUUGGAUUUGCUUACGUAGCUGCUUUAUGCACGUACUUAAUAAUGGGAGUAACGUUCUAUUUAACCUUUCCGUACGCUAAAUCUUGCAUAACUGCGAUCUUCUUGGAUAAUUUUAUCUCAAAUGAUUCGACAGCCUUUAUUGCACGUGCGGCUUUGCUUUUUCAAAUUAUGGUUGUUUUUCCGUUGAUUGCGUAUCUUUUGCGGUCUCAAGUUUACUAUCUUGUUUACAAGAGCGCUCAUCCUAGCUACAAGCACAUAUUGAUCUUCAAUGUAUUCUUAAUUGGAUUAUGCAUUCUUGUCGCUAUCUUCUAUCCAAAUGUUGGUGUCAUUAUUAGAUUUGUCGGUGCUAUAUGUGGUAUGGUCUAUGUCUUUACAUUACCGUGUUUAUGCCAUAUGAUAAGAUUGAAAAGGCAGAAAAAAUUAACUUGGAUUUCGGCUCUAUUUCAUAGCUUUAUCAUUGUUCUUGGUUCAGCCAAUCUAAUAGCACAAUUCUUAAUUUAA